AUGGCUGAAGCACUAGAUCAAACUGCUUGGAUAGAGGACAAACAACCGGUGAGGCUAGUAGCAAGGGGGGUUGGUACCCGAGUUGUUAGAAGACGGAUGCAGUGGUGGCUUCUCCGGUAUUCAGAAUUGAAGGAGUUGCCACAAAUAGGGAAGAUGAAACACACAGUUCAUUUGUCCAUUUCUUCCCAUCGAGCAGCAGCUAUGGUUUCUAUUGGCACAGCAUUUUGUGAAAUUAUUUGGCUAUGGAUGCUAUUGGCGCUGGCCGCCGAGCUCCUCACCGCUGGGGCAACGGCGCAGUGCCAGAACACGAGCUGCGGCGGCGUAGACAUCCCCUACCCGUUCGUGAUCAGUUCAAGCGGCUGCGCUACGGCAUCUUCCUUUGAGUUUCAAGUCGACUGCAACCCCGUCGGGAAUGGUGUCUACAAGCCGUUCAUCGUCGGAAAUAUCGAAGUCUUCAGUAUCAAUGUCCAGCUAGGUCAGGCCCGCGUGGGGAAUGGCAUAUCUUCUUCCUGCUACAACAACUCGACUGAAGAAAUUAGGUGGCGGCUGAACCUGACCGGGACGCCGUACCGGUUCUCCGACACCGCCAACAAGUUCACCGUCAUCGGGUGCCGGACGCUGGCGUACAUCGCCGACCAGGAUUACGUGGGGAAGUACAUGAGCGGCUGCGUGUCUGUCUGCCGGCGAGGUGAGCUCACCGGCGUGGCCAACGGCACCUGCUCCGGGAAGGGCUGCUGCCAGACAGCCAUCCCAAAGGGCCUCGACUACUACCAGAUGUGGUUCGAGGAAAGCAUGAACACGUCGGGGAUCUACAACCGGACCCCGUGCAGCUACGCCGUGCUCAUGGAGGCGUCCAACUUCUCCUUCUCGACGACCUACCUGACUUCGCCGCUGGAGUUCAACAACACCUACGGCGGCCAAGCGCCGGUGGUGCUUGAUUGGACCAUCCAGAGUGCCAACACUUGCGAGGAAGCGUCGAGAAAUCACACAUCAUACGCCUGCAAAAGCAAGCAUAGCAGGUGUGUGGACUCCUUCGAUGGAACAGGCUACAUCUGUAGCUGCGAAACAGGAUACCAAGGGAAUCCUUACCUUGAAGGUUCCAACGGCUGUCAAGAUAUCAAUGAAUGCGAAGAUUCAAGGACAUACCCUUGCUAUGGAGUUUGCGACAAUAAACCCGGCAAAUUCGAUUGUUUCUGUUAUCCGGGCAGCAGUGGAAAUGCCAGUAUUGAAGGAGGAUGCCGAAAAGACCUCUUAUCACCAAAAACAAGACUGGCAAUUGGUGCUGUGGCCAGUGUACUGGCUGCCCUCUUUGGUUUCCUUGCAUGGGAGGUUAUUCUGCACAAACGGCGCAUCAGGAAACAAGCUUUGUUAAGGCAGACAGACGAGUUUUUUCAGCAGCACGGAGGCCAGCUAUUGCAAGAAAUGAUGAAAGCAGAGGGGAACGACGGGUUCACCCUCUACAAGAGAGGUGAGAUAGAGACCGCCACAAAGAACUUCCACAAGGCACACAUCGUUGGCGAAGGAGGGCAGGGAACCGUGUACCGGGCGGUGCUAGACGGAGCUGCCGUCGCGAUAAAGAAGUGCAAGGAGAUCGACGAGAGCCAGAGGCUGGACUUCGUGCAGGAGCUCGUCGUACUUUGCCGUGUCAACCAUCCCAACGUCGUCAAGCUGCUCGGAUGCUGCCUGCAGUUCGAAGCGCCCAUGCUUGUGUACGAGUUCGUGCGGAACAAGACGCUGCUGGAGCUGCUGGAGCUGCAGCGGAGCAGGAGGUUCCAUGUCACGCUGGGAACCCGGCUGAGGAUUGCGGCGGAGUCCAGUACCGCGCUUGCGCAUCUCCACUCGCUGCCGCGCCCGAUCCUCCACGGCGACGUGAAGCCGGCCAACAUCCUCCUCGCCGAAGGGCUGGUCGCGAAGGUGUCCGACUUUGGGUGCUCCACGAUCGAUGAGAAAGCACAGGAUGUGCUCAAAGGCACGCCGGGGUAUAUCGACCCGGAGUACCUGCUUGAGUACCAGCUCACGGCCAAGAACGACGUCUACAGCUUCGGCGUCAUUCUUCUCGAGCUUCUAACUGGCAAGAGGCCGCUUUCCAAAGAACGGAAGAGCCUGACCCUAAUGUUCCAGGAGGCCAUGGCGGAUGGCACACUUGUCGAGCUCCUUGACAGCGAUAUAGUUGAUGAGGCUAGCAUGAGAGUGAUUCACCAGGUUGCGUCUCUAGCGAGCCAAUGUCUGGUUGUUCCAGGUACGACGAGGCCGGCAAUGACGCGAGUGGCGGCGGAGCUCCGGCGUCUUGCGCAAGCAGAUGAGGUGCUGCGACACCCUCAACCGCCACUGGUGCUUGAGGAUCUGAGCUUUAUGGAGAUGGGGGCAACAACGUCGACGUGGUACGGUGAGAGCUGGACUAGUGGGGAUUAUAGCCUCGAGAAGAAAGCUGUGCUGAGCGUAGAAUUCGCGAGAUGAACGAUGGAUCGUUUCGUUGUAUAUAUUGAUUCACUUCUGUGUGCCCUUUGUUUGCGUGUGUUAGACCGGGUGUUCUCCCGUUCUUCUUUGUGUAGAAGAACCUGAUAAACAACAUAUA